GGGGGAACGACCAUGUCGUCGUAAUGAAUCGGAAAUUCAGAAAUAGAAGCGAUUCUCACUCUCUCUCUCUCUCUCUCUCUCUCUCUCUCUCUCUCUCUCCUCUGUACAUCGGCAAUGGAAGUUCGUCUGCUUGUCCUCUGCAUCUCAUUGGUUGCUUUACACUGUGUUCUAGUUGGAGCAGAUAUAUCUGAUGCUUCAGCAAGUCGAAGAGAUAUCAGUAAAUAUCAACCGUUGUGUGAUUGCGAGCAAUGCCAAGACAGCAAGGAAGAAGGUGUAUCUUCUGUCAUUGGAGCCAGCACUCUUCCAGAUGAAAAGAAUAUUGACAUAAUUGCGACAUACAGCAACAAUCUUGGAGCUGUGCGGAGCAGUAGGGUUAAAAUGGGGGAUCUUUCUGCUUCCUGGGUCUUGGAAAAUCCUAUUGAUGGAAGGCAUGACCAUCCAAAGAGUUUUCAGAUAGAAACAUUGACAGGAGAUUUACUAGUUAGUGCUAAUUUCCAGAUGGUUGAGGAUCCAUUUCAAUCUGGAAUGACCUUUGAAGAGAAGACUGAGCACCCUCCAGAUGAUCAUCAAGCUGGAGAAGGUGAACUCCCAUAUUCUCGUCUAUCAUCAAUGAGCCCAGUGAAGCUCAAGCGGCGGGAAAUGCGGCAAGAAAGGAGGAAUCUUCGGACUGCAGAGUUGAUAGGAAAAGAUAAAGAAGCUAAUAACCAGAUGGCAGCAGCAGCAAUUGAACGAUCAAAAGGCUUUGACCCCAUUGUCAAGGGAAAGUACAGCAUAUGGCGAAGUGAUUAUGAAAGCCCAAAUUCUGAUUCAACCUUGAAACUUAUGCUGGAUCAGAUUAUAAUGGCCAAAGCUUACGCAAACAUUGCCAAGUCUAAGAAUGAAAGCGAUCUUUAUAAUUCUCUCAUGAAACACUCUAAACUUAGUCAGCAUGCUAUCGGAGAAGCGACUUCUGAUGUUGAGCUUCAUUCGAGUGCACUUAACCGAGCAAAAUCAAUGGGUCGCGUUCUCUCUAUAGCAAAGGACAAAUUAUAUGACUGCCUCACUGUGGAAAGGAAGCUAAGAGCCAUGCUUCAGUCAACUGAAGAGAAUGUAAGUGAUCUGAAGAAAAAGAGUGCAUUCUUGACUCAGCUUGCCGCAAAAACAGUCCCUAAACCGUUACAUUGCCUUCCUCUACAACUUGCCUCCGACUAUUUCUUGCUGGGUUAUCAUAGUAGAGAGGAUGUAAACAAAGAAAAGCUUCAGGAUCCUUCUCUCUAUCACUAUGCCAUCUUUUCCGAUAAUGUUCUAGCGACAUCAGUGGUUGUUAAUUCUACCGUGCUGCAUGCAAAGGAACCCAACAAGCAUGUUUUCCAUGUAGUCACCGAUAAACUAAAUUAUGCUGCUAUGAGAAUGUGGUUUCUUGUCAACCCUCCUGUAGGAGCAACAAUCCAGGUUGAAAACAUUGAUGAUUUCAAGUGGCUGAAUUCUUCUUCGUGUUCUGUUCUCCGUCAACUUGAAUCUGCCAGACUUCAAGAAUAUUAUUUCAAGGCAAAUCAUCCUUCAUCUCUCUCUCUGGGUUCUGAUCAUCUCAAAUAUCGGAAUCCAAAAUACUUGUCCCUGCUGAAUCAUCUCAGAUUCUACCUUCCUGAUGUUUACCCAAAGUUGGACAAGAUCCUAUUUUUGGAUGAUGAUAUUGUAGUUCAGAAGGAUUUGACACCUCUUUGGUCUAUUGAUCUUCAAGGGAUGGUAAAUGGUGCAGUGGAGACCUGUAAAGAGAGCUUCCAUCGGUAUGAUAAAUAUCUCAACUUCUCAAAUCCAAUAAUCUAUGCAAAUUUCGAUCCAAAUGCUUGUGGCUGGGCAUUCGGCAUGAAUAUCUUUGACUUGAAGGAGUGGAGGAAGCGAAACAUCACUGGAAUAUAUCAUCGUUGGCAAGACAUGAAUGAGGAUAGAACUCUUUGGAAGCUUGGUACAUUGCCACCAGGACUGAUAACCUUUUAUAACCUGACCCAUCCACUGGAUCGGGGCUGGCAUGCGUUGGGACUCGGCUACGACCCAGCCCUCAAUCAAACGGCAAUAGAGAAUGCAGCUGUUAUACAUUACAAUGGAAACUACAAGCCAUGGCUAGAUUUAGCUAUUUCAAAGUACAAGGCAUACUGGUCAAAAUAUGUAAUGUUUGAUAACCCUUAUCUUCGACUUUGUAGCAUCAGUGAAUAGAAGAAAACUAAACACCCCCUCCCCCUUCAAACACACAUGCUCUUGUAAAAUUUGUUGUCCAAAGAAGAAAUGGAAAUUCAAAAUUCUUUAUUUCUA